GCGGGCACGCCCUUAAAGAAAAACAGGAAACUUACUGAGGAGGAAGACGUAAUUAGCAAACUAGCGGCUAACGACGAGUAUUGUGGAUAAAGUUGUACUUUUGUCUAUAAAAUACUCAAGUCCUCAAAAGUAUUAACCAUGUCGGGUUCAUCUAAUAUCGUAGCGAUGAAGAAAGUCGUCCAACAGUUACGGCUUGAGGCUGGUAUUAACAGAGUGAAGGUGUCCCAGGCCGCCGCAGACCUGCAGCAGUUUUGCCUUCAGCACGCCCAGCAAGACCCUCUCCUCACCGGCAUGUCGUCCAGCAACAACCCGUUCAGACCGCAGAAAGUCUGCUCGUUCCUAUAGCACAGACCUGCUCUGUGAACUGUUUUGACCAUUGUGGUGCCUUGAGGAAAUGGGAUGCAGGACCUGCACUGUGGACUGGAAACGUCUCAGGAGUAUUCAGGAUUUUGGGAACAAGCAACUAACUUGAGUUUUUUUUUUUCUGUCAAUUUUUCCAUUGUAAAAUCACAUAGAAACAUUUCCUGGUGCUAAAUGCAGCACAGUUAAUGUCUUACCUUACUUUCUAACAUAUUUCAAUAUACACCUGUGUGCCUUUUUGAAUUUUGUCUCAUGCCUAAUUUUGAGAAUAAAUGGUAAUUCAACA